AGUGCUUAAGUCUAGAUCUCUGUGGCAUCAGGCUUAUUUUUCAGUUGGAUGUGGUCAUCCCCUCCCCCCCAUCGGCGUCUGUUUCUCCUUUGGAGAGGAUCUCGACAAAAUAUUACUAUGUUGCUGGAGUGACGUUAUAUAACUUCUUACAAGAGAUACAUGCUGGACGCCCAAUUCAACGCCGGAAAGGAUGAGGACGGCUGGCAUAUAGGAGAGAAUUCUGAAUUGACCCUUCGGAUGACUGCAGAAUCUUACGAGAGACUUGGUCCGGGAGUUUUGGCGUCUAAAUCCAAGAAUAUAAAAUCAAGCAUGCGAAGAGCCCGGAUCCCUCUUGGUCCUAGCGGUAUUCCUCCCCACACAAAAGUGUCAUUUGAACGGUGGGAAGCUUACAGGAGGGAAAAUGGGUUGUUCGGAUGGGAUGUACUUAUUACAUGCCCACAAGAAUAUUGUGCUGAGCUACCCAACAAUUGCAAGUUGUACGACGUGAAGCCUGAGACGGUGCAUUAUAACGGUAUUCGGUUGCCGGCGAUUCUUACGAGCGGAUUCCGGUCGGAGGUGGAUGAGGAGGAUCUCACUGAUGUGCUUGAAUGGCUCGGGAUGAUAGCUAUCCAAGCUCCUCGGGUAUAUGUGAAUGACAGCAUGGAUCCUUAUGUUUGUCGUCGGAGCCAAGGGGAAGGUGAUGGGGUUAUUCUUGCGAAGAGAGUCCGGUGGCGCGGAUUGCUCGGUUCGCAAUUUGUUACCGAAGUCUUCGACACGUUCGGGACGAUGCAACUCGAUCUCACUUUAAUAACGCUUCAUGGCUGGCCCGAGGAAGGUUCCGAGGGUGACAAGAAAGUUUCAUGGUCGUGGAUUCGAGGAAGGGAGAAGAUGAUUGCGCUUCCAGCACGCGGCGAUCGGUGAAAGAUUCAGUGCUCCGUAAUGCACGUUAAACACCGGGUCCCUCAUGUUCUUUCUUCGUGUUUCCUUGGGUAUAGAUUAUUUGCACAUCAACGUGAAAACGAUCAAUCUUAGUAUUGCAGCGAGCGAGGUAUGCAAACAAUGAUCGCCUUUGUUUUCUACGACUCGUGGGAGAUUUGGCCCCCGAACCGCUGAAGAUAUCAGAGCUGGGGCUGGUCGAAUCGCAUGAUGUUAAUUAUAGAUCGCGGACACAUGUUGGUCUCGGUCGUCAUUGAUUCGAAG